AUGAAGUUCCUCAACAUUCUCACCCUUGCUUUCAUCACUGGUAUGGCCAGUGCUGCCGCUGUCCCUGGUGGCACCACUACCAACGACGCAGCAUCCACCCUCGACAACCUCAACAACAAGCGCAGCGUCUGCGGACAGCUGUGCUUCAACAACAAGGACUGCGGUGGCCCCUGCCCCAAGUGCAACACCAAGGAGGGCGUCUGCGUUAAGAAAUAG